AUGGAGGUGUGUCCAAGAAUGACCUAUUACAAUGAUGUACAAGAUGGAGAUUCUGUAGUAAUGAAAACUUUGGAAUCCACUGAUCACUUAACUCCACUGCACAUCCCUCCAGGCCCACCUAUAUUCUCAAAAAGAUUUGAGGAACUAAGGAAAACAUUUCAGCUCUGCAAAUCAAUCUUGAAAGGAAGUCAAGAACCUAGAGAAACUGAGCCUAUGCUACCUGAAUAUCACAGAAACUAUGAACCACCUUACAAGUUUACUCAUGGACCGUGCUCUGAGGAGGAUACCAAAAAUGUUCCAUUAAGGUGUGCAAGGUAUCUAAAAUAUAAGGCACCAGGUGCUCUACUCAUAGAGGGCCGAUUUCGUCCUUUUCAUCCUUAUGUCCAUGGCAACACUGAUAUCCAAGUUGGCCCCAAUAAAAAGGAAGAUGCUAAUGAAUCUAUCUAUAGAGAAGCUGUGACGUGUUCACGUCAUGUCACUGAAGGAAUCGAUCACCAAGAUGAAACUCCUAAAUCAACAUUCCAGCCUCCAGAACCUGAUCUUUCACCUCGGGCUGCCAAUAUACUAGAAAACGUAAAGAAAGCUCUUUGGCUAUCUGCAUACAAGCGAGACUACACAGGUAGAGGGCGUAUGAACCCAUUGCAGCUAGAUGACUAUGAUGCCAAGCUUAUUGGCAGAACAACAGGAGAACUGGGCAAAAGUGUGGAUCUUAAAGAAUCCCUUCAUUCAGAUAUGUCUCAAGUAAGGCCGUUGGAAGGACGAAUUGCCCGUGUCCUUCAACGCAGGAAGUCACAUCAUCAACAUCCACAUGCUACAGAGAACUAUGAGUCACCACUUCAUUCAAGAGACCAUUGCAGCAUAAACUGGCAUUCAGAGGGAAUGCACAAUAGUGAGAAAGCACCCCUGAGUCCCCCCAAAGUAAGUCAAAGGGACAAUUACCUGCUCAACAAUUGGAUUCAGUCUGAAAUAGCUUGCCAGGAAGAAAACAGUCAAGAUAAGAAACUGCUCUCGAACAGAUUUCGGAAAAUUACCGAUACCUGGAAAACAGAUCAAUUGUACCAUAGGCAAAUUACAGUAUCACCUGAACCAGAUCCAAUUCUAAAGCCUGCUGAAUCCGUUUACUAUGAAGAUUUGCAACCCUCUCAUUUAAACAGAUAUAUUGUGUGGCAUAAUCCUGCCAUUCUCAGUAAGCCAGCCACAACCUCAACACAACUGAAGUGUGAAAGGUGUAGUAAACCAGAUUCCGAAUGUGCUUCUAGUGUCGGAGAGAUUAUAACAAGCUGCAAUCCAUCCUCAGACUGGAUGCCUAAUUGUGGGAUGGUUCGACCUCAGACAAAAUUACUUGAUAUCCAGGAUUCUUUUACAAAGGGAGAAGCCAUCAAGUACUUGAACGAUCUUACAAGGCGGGGACUAAGAGACCUGAGGGAUCAUGACAGGUAUGGCAGAAAGCAUAAAUUCCAGGGCAUCCAUGCUUUCUUUUUGUAA